CCUCUGCACGUUCCUGCACGCCCGGUUUGCACGCGUGCCUGUGUGCGCGCGUGUGUGGGUCUGUCACGCCCCGGCUCACUUCCUCGUCAGAGCGCAAAUACACAAAGAAGCGUCUCUGCUUCGCUUCUCGCCCCGUGAACUUCUCGCAGAGUUUCGUUGUCGUCACGCGGAAGCCGGCGGCGCGCGAGGAGGCAGACUCACGGAGACCUGGACGGAGACGCGCACGGAGACUCGUGGCUCUGCAGACACUAGAGACAGGUGUGUGCGCGUGAGGGGGACCGUUUCCGUCUUCCAGCGUCGCGUGGCCCGGACCCGGACCCGGACCCGGACCCGGACCCGGCUCCAGCAUGUCGGACUCGGCCUCCAGCUUCCUGCACAUCGGGGACAUCGUGUCGCUGUUCGCGGAGGGUUCCGUCAACGGCUUCAUCAGCACCCUGGGGCUGGUGGAUGACCGCUGUGUGGUGGAACCAGCUGGUGGAGACCUGGAGAAUCCUCCAAAGAAGUUCCGAGACUGCCUGUUUAAAGUCUGUCCGAUGAGUCGAUAUUCUGCUCAGAAACAAUUCUGGAAAGCAAAGCAAGCAAAACACGAGAAGGACAAAAUCGCUGACGUGGUGCUGCUGCAGAAACUCCAGCAUGCCUCUAACUUGGAGCAGAAGCAGAACGAGACGGAAAACAAGAAAGUCCACGGAGACGUUGUGAAGUACGGGACCGUCCUCCAGCUGCUCCACAUGAAGAGCAACAAGUACCUGACGGUGAACAAGAGGCUGCCGGCGCUGCUGGAGAAGAACGCCAUGCGCGUCACGCUGGACGGGACGGGGAACGAGGGCUCCUGGCUCUUCAUCCAGCCCUUCUGGAAGCUCCGGGCCAACGGGGACAACGUGGUUGUGGGGGAUAAAGUCAUCUUGAACCCGGUGAACGCCGGUCAGCCGCUUCACGCUUCAAAUUACGAACUGAGCGACCACCCAGGCUGCAAGGAGGUGAACUCUGUGAACUGCAACACGAGCUGGAAGAUCAACCUGUUCAUGAUGUUCAGUGACCACCGAGAGGAGGUCCUGAAAGGGGGCGAGGUGGUUCGCUUGUUUCACGCAGAGCAGGAAAAGUUUCUCACCUGCGACGAGUACAAGAGCCGAAACCACGUCUUCCUCCGGACGACCCUGAGGCAGUCGGCGAGCUCAGCUACCAGCUCCAACGCACUGUGGGAGAUAGAGGUUGUCCAUCAUGAUCCGUGUCGCGGGGGGGCGGGACACUGGAACAGCCUCUACCGUUUCAAACACCUGGCUACCGGCAACUACCUGGCUGCUGAGGAGAACCCUGGGUACAAAGGAGACCACGCUGAGCCGGCGUCCUCGAUGGACAGUCGCAGCAUCAAGCGCUCCCACGGCGAGAGGAUCAAGUACAAGCUGGUGGCGGUGGCUCACGGGAGCGACAUCGCCUCGCUAUUUGAGCUCGACCCGACGACGCUGCAGAAGACCGACUCGUUCGUGCCGCGGAACUCGUACGUACGGCUGAGACACCUGUGCACCAACACCUGGAUCCAGAGCACCAACGUCCCCAUCGACAUCGACGAGGAGAGGCCCAUCAGGCUCAUGUUGGGAACGUGUCCCACCAAAGAGGACAAGGAGGCCUUCGCCAUCGUCUCCGUCCCUGUGAUGGAGAUCAGAGAUCUGGACUUUGCCAACGACGCCAGCGCCAUGCUGAGCACCGUGGUGGAGCAGUUCAGCCAGGGCUUCAUCAGCCAGAACGACCGGCGGUUUGCCAUUAAGCUUCUGGAGGACGUGGUGUUCUUCGUAGCCGACGUCAUCAAUAGCGGUCAGGCGGUCCUGGAUGUGGUCAUGACCAAAGCCAACCGAGAGAGGCAGAAGCUGAUGAGGGAGCAAAACAUCCUCAAACAGAUCUUUGGCAUCCUGAAGGCUCCCUUUAAGGACCGGGGGGGAGGGGAGGGUCCUCUGCUGCGUCUGGAGGAGCUGGCGGACCAGAAGAACUCUCCCUACCAGUACAUGUUCAGACUCUGCUACAGAGUCCUGAGACACUCCCAGGAGGACUACCGCAAGAACCAGGAGCACAUAGCGAAGCAGUUCGGGGUGAUGCAGAGUCAGAUUGGUUAUGACAUCCUGGCCGAGGACACCAUCACCGCCCUCCUGCACAACAACCGGAAACUGUUGGAGAAGCACAUCACCAAGACCGAGGUGGAGACCUUCGUCAGCCUGGUCCGCAAGAACCGAGAGCCCAGGUUUCUCGACUAUCUGUCGGACCUUUGUGUGUCCAACAACAUCGCCAUCCCCGUCACUCAGGAGCUCAUCUGCAAGUGUGUAUUGGAACCCAAAAACCAGGACAUCCUCAUCAAGACCGAACGUCGUGUCCCCAAAGAUGCGCCCACGGGUGGUGGUCAGGCGGACUACCUGGGGAUGGAUGACUAUGGAGAUGAGGACGAGGUGUGGCUGGUGUGGACGGACAAAACCAAUGAGAGACAGGAGAAGGGCAUCAGACAGCUGGCUCAGGAGGCAAGACAAGGAAAUGCCCACGACGAGAACGUCCUCACCUACUACAGGUACCAGCUGAAGCUCUUUGCGCGAAUGUGUCUGGACCGCCAAUACCUGGCCAUCGAUGAGAUCUCCAAGCAGCUGGACGUGGAGCUCAUCUUCUUGUGCAUGAUGGACGAGACGCUGCCCUUUGACCUCCGGGCCUCCUUCUGUCGCCUCAUGCUCCACGCCCACGUAGACCGAGACCCCCAGGAGCUGGUGACACCUGUCAAGUUUGCCCGCCUCUGGACAGAGAUCCCGACCUCCAUCACCAUCAAAGACUAUGACUCCAACAUGGACGACAGCAGGGACAACAAGAAAAACCGGUUCUCCAAUACAAUGGUCUUCAUGGAGGAAUAUCUCAACAACGUCCUGAACGACGAGCUUCCUUUUCACAACGAGGAGAAAAACAAACUUACGUACGAGGUGGUGAGCUUGGCCAGACAUUUGAUCUACUUUGGUUUCUACAGUUUCUUCGAGCUGCUCCGACUCACCAGAACCCUGCUGGGCAUCAUCGACUGUAGACCCCAUCCAGGGUACAAUGGGCUCUUAUUCCAUGAUGAUGGAUCAGGGAAGAACGUGAAGCGCUCCAUCCAUGGGAUGGGUCAGAUGAUGUCCACCAUGGUCCUAAACAGGAAGCAGUCCUUAUUUGGAGGUGCUGGUGCCAGAGGGGCAGGGGUGGGGGCGGGACUUGCGAUUGAUGGACAGAGAGGCAGCAAAGAUAGCAUCGACAAGAUGGACCUGACGGUGAUGGAUACCAAGCUGAAGAUACUGGAGAUACUACAGUUCAUCCUGAACGUGCGUCUGGACUACCGGCUCUCCUUUCUGCUGUCGGUGUUCAAGAAAGAGUUCGUGGACGUUUAUCCGAUGGCCGACGCCGACGCCACCACCAACAUGGAGCACGCAGCCACCAUCAACCUGCAGCACAUCGGCGAGCAGGCCGAGGCCAUGUUUGGAGUCGGGAAGGGGAACAGCAUCCUGGAGGUGGACGACGAAGGCGGCCGUAUGUUCCUGCGGGUGCUGACGCACCUCACCAUGCACGACUACCCCCCCCUGGUGUCUGGAGCCCUGCAGCUGCUCUUCAGGCACUUCAGCCAGAGACAGGAAGUGCUGCACACCUUCAAACAGGUGCAGCUGCUGAUCUCGGCUCAGGACGUGGAGAACUACAAGCUGAUCAAAGCGGAUCUGGAUCGUCUACGGACGCUGGUUGAGAAGUCUGAGCUGUGGGUGGAGAAGAAGAGCUCGGGUGGAGGAGACGGGAAGAAGGACAAGAAGGACAAAGGACAGGGGGCAUCACAGAAGGCGACGCCCAAGAAGGACAUGCAGGAGAAGGGCAACGAGAACUACCAGAAGGUCAAAGAGAUCCUGGAGCGGCUGAACAAGAUGUGCAGCACUGGAGUCUGGAAGAAGCAGCAGAGGCUGCUGAAGAACAUGGGGGCCCACAAAGUGAUGCUGGACCUGCUGCAGGUGUCCUACGACCUGAACGACGUGAAGAUGCAGGAGAUCAUCAGGUACACUCAUCUGUUCCUGCAGAAGUUCUGCACGGGGAACCAGGAGAACCAGACUCUGCUGCACAAGAACCUGAGCCUCUUCCUGAACCCCGGGCUGCUGGAGGCGGAGACGGUGCAGCACAUCUUCUGCAACAACUACCAGCUGUGCAGCGAGAUCUCUGAGAGCGUCCUGCAGCACUUCAUCCACUGCCUGGCCACGCACGGCCGCCACGUUCAGUACCUCAACUUCCUCCACACCAUCAUCAAGGCCGAGGGCAAGUACGUGAAGAAGUGUCAGGACAUGAUCAUGACGGAGUUAACCAACGCCGGCGAGGACGUGGUGGUCUUCUACAACGACAAGGCCUCCUUCAACGUGAUGCUGGAGCUGAUGGCGGAGAGCAGGGAGGGAGUCGGGGACAGCAGCCCGCUGAGGUAUCACAUCUCUCUGGUGGAGCUCCUGGCAGCCUGCGCUGAGGGGAAGAACGUCUACACGGAGAUCAAGUGUACGUCCCUGCUGCCUCUGGAGGACGUGGUCCGAGUGGUGACCCACGAGGACUGCAUCACCGAGGUGAAGGUGGCCUAUGUGAACUUUGUGAAUCACUGCUAUGUGGACACGGAGGUGGAGAUGAAGGAGAUCUACACGUCCAAUCACAUCUGGAAUCUGUUUGAGGACUUCACCGUGGACAUGGCCCGGGUUUGCAACAAGCGUGAGAAACGUCUGUCUGAUCCCAUCCUGGAGAAAUACAUCAUCAACGUGGUGUUCGACACCAUCAACGCCUUCUUCAGCUCCCCCUUCUCUGAGAACAGCACGUCUCUGCAGACUCACCACACCAUCGUGACUCACCUGCUCCAGUCCUCUGUACGGGUGCUGGACUGUCCCUGGCUGCGGCAUCGUGGAGGACAAGUGGAGACCUGCAUCAAGACGCUGGCUAUGACGGGGAACUGUCGCUCCAUCUCUCUUCCUCUGGACCUGGAGGCUCAGAUCAGCAUCAUGUUGUCUAGCCCCGCCCUCAACUCUCUGUCCCGCUCUAACCCCAACUACAAGUCCCCCUCGCGGUCGUCCCGGCCCGUCGCCCCCAGCAACCCCUGGGACUACAAGAACAUCAUCGAGAAGCUGCAGGACAUCAUCAACACCUUGGAGGAGCGUCUGAAGCCUCUGGUGAACGCCGAGCUGUCGGUGCUGGUGGACGUCCUCCACCAGCCGGAGCUUCUCUUCCAGGAGGGAACCGAUGCCCGGCAGCGCUGCGAGUCGGGGGGCUUCAUCUCCAAGCUGAUCCAACACACCAAAGCACUGAUGAGUGCAGAGGAGAAGUUGUGCAUCAAAGUUCUGAGAACUCUGCAGGAGAUGCUGAUCAGGACUCUGGACUUUGAUGAGAAGGUCAGCUGACUUACUAAGAUACUUGUGCUGCUGCAGAUCUACUUGUUCCCGAACAAGAAGAACCACGUGAAGACGGAGCUGGCCGAGCUAGGGAGCCCGCGGGAGCGGGACUGGGCGGCCGUGGCCUCCGUUCAGUGUCGCCUGGACAGAGAAGGAGGAACCAAACUCUUCACCGACCUGGUCAUGAGCUCCAAGAACGACAAGAUCUUCCAGGAGAGCAUCCAGCUGGCCAUCUGUCUGCUGGAGGGGGGGAACACGGAGAUACAGAACUCCUUCUAUAAGCUGAUGAUGGGAGACAACAAGUCGGAGAAGUUCUUCAAAGUUCUCCACGAGCGGAUGAAGGAGGCGCAGACGGACAUCAAAGCCACGGUGUCGGUUAACGUGGGCGAGAUGACGCACAAGGCCAGCGAGAAGGACCUGGAGCCCGGUGAGACAGGUGGCUCGGCGGCCCUGGUGCUUCCUGGGACAGGAAGUCACCCGUUGUUGGCCCAGUCCAUCGCCCCGGUGGCCUCCGCCCUGCCCGUCCCGCCGGCGGUGGAGCAGCGGGAGGUGGAGAUGGAGAUGGGGCCGGCCGUGACCAUCAUGAAGCCCAUCCUGAGGUUCCUCCAGCUGCUCUGCGAGAACCACAACCACGACCUGCAGAACUUCCUGCGAUGUCAGAACAACAAAACCAACUACAACCUGGUGUGCGAGACGCUUCAGUUUCUGGACAUCAUGUGUGGGAGCACCACCGGGGGCCUGGGCCUGCUGGGCCUCUACAUCAACGAAUCAAACGUCCACCUGAUCACUCAGACCCUGGAGACGCUCACCGAGUACUGCCAGGGCCCGUGCCAGGAGAACCAGACCUGCAUCGUGACCCACGAGUCCAACGGCAUCGACAUCAUCACAGCGCUGAUCCUGAAUGACAUCAGUCCUCUGUGUCGGUACCGGAUGGAGAUGGUGCUCCAGCUGAAGGACAACGCCUCCAAGCUGCUGUUGGCUCUGAUGGAGAGUCGCCAUGACAGCGAGAACGCGGAGAGGAUCCUGUUCAACCUCCGACCUCGAGAGCUGGUGGAGGUGAUAAAGAAGGCCUACCAACAGGACAGUGAGUGUGAGGGGGGGGAGGUUUCUCCCCGCGAGGUGGGACACAACAUCUACAUCCUGGCUCAGCAGCUGGCCAGACACAACAAGCUCCUCCAGAACCUCCUGAAACCUCAAAAGAACAGUAAAGAGGGAGAGGAGGGAAUCUCCUCCAUGUUGAACAACCUGAACAACCGUCCUCUGUCCCAGAUGUUGAAGUCUUCGACUCCAGCUGCUGUGGUGGAACAGGACCCUCUGGAGUACUACGACUUGCUCACCUCACAGAUAGAGAUCGUCCGUGACGACCGCAGCAUGGAGCAGAUCGUGUUUCCGGUUCAUCCCAUCUGUGAGUUCCUCACCGAGGAGUCGAAGACCAGAGUGUUCAACACCACCGAGCAGGACGAGCAGGGGUCAAAGGUCACGCACUUCUUUGAGCAGACCUCCUUCCUGCACGGGGAGAUGGAGUGGCAGAAGAAGCUGAGGAGUAUGCCGGUGUUGUACUGGUUCUCAGGCAGGAUGUCUCUGUGGGGAACCAUCUCCUUCAACCUCGCUGUCUUCAUCAACCUCAUCAUCGCCUUCUUCUACCCCUACGCUUCAGGACAAGGUACCGCGGUGGGGCGCCAUUCGAUGGACUCCCUGGCUGCUGAUGCUGUUUCUGGGAUCCUGGCGGGCCUCUCGGUCCUGGGUCUGUUCUCCCAGCGGUACGGCCUGCAGCCUCUCACCAUCGCUCUGAUCCUCCGCUCCAUCUACCACCUCGGCAUCGGCAACACGCUCAUCCUGCUGGGCUCCCUCAACCUGAUCAACAAGGUGGUGUUUGUGGUGAGCUUUGUGGGAAACAACGGGACGUUUAUUAUGGGAUACAAAGCCAUGGUGAUGGACGUGGAGUUCAUCUACCACCUGGCCUACGUCCUCACCUCCACCCUGGGACUGUUUGUCCAUGAGCUCUUCUACAGUAUCCUGCUGUUUGACCUCAUCUACCGGGAGGAGACCCUGUUCAACGUGAUAAAGAGCGUGACCCGUAACGGGCGCUCCAUCCUGCUGACGGCCCUGCUGGCGCUCAUCCUGGUCUACCUCUUCUCCAUCGUGGGCUUCCUGUGUCUGAAGGACGACUUCAUCAUGGAGGUGGAUCCGCUGCUCCAGCUGGCUGCAGAUUCUCAGCAGAGUGAGGCCUCUCAGGACUUCCUCAAGUCGUGCUCUGCAGACGGAGUCAGCUGUUCCUCGGAAGCCGUUGCCGAGGAGGAAGCGGAGCCGGACGCGGAGCGAGCGUGCGACACCCUGCUGAUGUGCAUCGUCACCGUGCUGAACCACGGGCUGAGGAACGGGGGGGGGGUCGGAGACGUGCUGCGCAAACCCUCCAAGAACGAGCCGUUGUUUGCGGCGCGCGUCGUGUACGACCUGCUCUUCUACUUCAUCGUCAUCAUCAUCGUCCUCAACCUGAUCUUCGGCGUCAUCAUCGACACGUUCGCAGACCUGAGGAGCGAAAAGCAGAAGAAGGAGGAGGUGCUGAAGACCACAUGCUUCAUCUGCGGUCUGGAGAGAGACAAGUUUGACAACAAGACUGUGUCCUUUGAGGAGCACAUCAAGCUGGAGCACAACAUCUGGAACUACCUGUACUUCAUCGUCCUGGUGCGCGAGAAGAACAAGACGGACUACACCGGACCCGAGAGCUACGUGGCCCACAUGAUCAAAAACAACAACCUGGACUGGUUCCCUCGGAUGCAGGCGAUGUCUCUGGUGGUAACCGAUGGCGACGGGGAGCAGAACGAGAUGAGGAUGCUGCAGGACAAGCUGGCGUCGACGAUGAAGGUGGUGAUCACGCUGACCACCCAGCUGACGGAGCUGAAGGAGCAGAUGACCGAGCAGAGGAAGAGGAGGCAGAGGAUGGGAUUCGCUGACCACCAAUCAGGAGCCGGCGCCGCGCUGCCGCCGAGCGCCGCGGGGGGGAACCACCAGAUGUACAAAUCAUAAACCACAUGCAGAGAAUAUCGUCAAAACACACCUGUUAGCUUUAGCUUUAGCUCCGGAUGUGUAAAUACAUUAAUAUACAUAUAUACAUAUAUGUAUUGUUAUGUAUGUAAGUGAUGUAUUUAUGGAGAGAGUGUGUGUUUUAACACUAGCUAGCUCAGUUCAGACACUGGAUUAUACUCAAAUACUCUUCACUGUAUCUCAUCAGGAAGCACAAGGUGAAGAUCAUGCGUCUUCGUAACAAUGACAUAUUAAAGUGCAUACACUUUU